AUGAAUAUUUCCAUGUCAGAAGAGAAAGAAGACGUCACUCAUGAAGGCGGUUGUCAUUGUGGCGCAGUUAGAUGGCAGCUUCGGGCUCCACCCAUUUUGGACUGUAUCAAGUGCAAGUUGGUUCUAUUUUCAGUUUCUAAAGGCACUUUUUUGAAUGGAAACAUUUUUGGGCUUGAACAGAACUUCUGAGGGGGUCUUGAUCGGGAAAUAUGAUUUAGAAGUCUUAAAAGUGAGCUUUAAACAUUCAAAAGUCUUAAGAAGAUGCUUGGAAGUGUUGUUCAGCUUCAAACGAGGCUCAGAAUUAAAUAAAAGCCAAAAAAAAGCUGCGGAAAAUCUCCAAUAUCUAGAAAAUUAGCUUUAUUGCCUUCCUUCCCAGCAUUCCUAGUGACCGCUUUAGUAACGUCAGCACUCAAGAUAUCCCUAAAAACGCCCAGGAAGGUCCGGAACUUUCGUUAUUGCAAUUCGAGACCGUCUUUUUUUUCUGAAAUUCCAUAAAAAUCGAUUUCCAGCUGCUCCAUCUGCAAGAAGAAGAGCAACGACCACUAUAUCGUUAAAAUUGAUCGGUUCAAACUUUUACAGGUUUUUUAUUUUUUAAAUUUUUCACUUCCACGACGUUUCAGGGAGACGAAAAACUAACAACUUAUCGCUUUCAACACGGGCAAUGCUCAGCACAAGUUUUGUAG